AUGCGGUCUUUUAGGCAGCCGAGAUAUAUACUCGAUCUGGGCUCCUGCGAUGACCGGCAAGUUCGGUUGGGAGAAGCAGGAGAAAUCACCGACUUUGCUUUCUUGAGUUACUGUUGGGGUCAAUCGUCGGAUUACAAGACAACCUCGACAAACUUGCAACAUCACCUGGUCGGAUUUCCUCCUAGGUAUCAUCCCAGAACAAUUCGAAAUGCUGUAGAGGCUGCUCUAACUCUUGAUUUGCAAUAUCUUUGGGUGGAUGCGCUCUGUAUCCUUCAAGACCCAGAUGACCAGAUGAUCCAGAACGAGGUGAAAAUUGCGCACGAGUUCCAUACGCGAGCGGCCGUUGUAAUAGGAGCCGCUUCUGCGUCGCACGGCAAUGCCGGGUUCUUGGCACCUCGAGAUCUGCCGUAUCAUGAGUAUGAGCUCCCUUUUGCUAUGAAGGAUGGGGACAAGACAUCAGACCACCGCCUAAUGAGUACUGAACGAGGGUUCGAGAAGAAACCAGAACCGAUGUAUAAUAUGGGGUGGACGUUCCCGGAGGCCCGAGCGCGCUGUGUAUCUUGCGCUUCGAGUCUGAACGAGUAG